UGUGUGUUGUGACGUUUGUUUAAAAUGUAAACAUAUUAUAGUCAGUCUCUAUCUAUCGUUCGUUACCAGCGCAAUCAGUACGUAGUAUUCCGUUUGUAGUAGAUACGAACCUGUAGAAACAAGCACUGUUAUUCAAGCGUGAAGGAUUCCAACAAAAAAUGAAUACUCGUCGGGAAGUGCCGAUGCGCCACCUUUUUGAUGGUAGCGAUCUAAACGUGUACGACCAGAACGUCGCGAACUUAUCCGCUGGCGCACCAGGGCCGGAUCUGCUGACCGAAUGCUGUGAGAUAUUCCGUGUUGCAACCGAGCACCGAAUGAAAUUUGAGUGCGACAAUAACGCCUAUCUCUUUCAAUACGGACCUACUGUUGGAACUACUGAAUUUCGAGAAACCUUGGCUGGAUUUCUUUCGAAAGGAUAUGCAUGCAAAGUGAAUAAAUCCGAUGUAGUCCUAACUUCAGGUGCCACCCAUGGACUUCACCUGAUCCUUUCAACACUGAUAGAUUUGUCUGGUGUUAUCUUCGUUGAUGAAGUGACUUAUAUGAUUGCUCUUGAAGCAUUCUGUCAAUUUGAUUCGAUGCGAAUUGUUUCAGUUCCUCUGAAUCAAAAUGGGCCCGUAAUAGAGAAGUUAUCAUCGUUAAUCAAUCAAUACAAAUUCAAACCUUCGGCGGGUAAAUUAUUCUGGGGUGUUUAUUAUACCAUGCCUACAUUCCACAACCCCACCGGAAUACUGUUUACUGAAGAAAUCAACAAACAACUGAUAGCGUUGGCCAGGUCCAGCGAUAUCUUGAUAGCCUGUGACGAUGUUUAUAAUAUGCUUCACUACAGUGUAAACGAAAGCGGCGAUCCCGCAGAUGGACAGUCUCCGAAGCGUUUGUUUGGGUAUGAUAUCGCUGAUAUGCAAACGGAUGGCUGGAAGGGUAAUGUGAUAUCGAACGGGUCAUUCUCGAAAAUUCUUUCCCCCGGUGUUCGACUCGGUUGGAUGGAGUGUCCUCCCCGGUGCGUUGAGGUAUUCCGUGUCAGCGGAAUUCUGAAAAGUGGAGGAGCAGCUAACAACUACACCGGUGGUAUUGUGACCAGUUUGAUUCAGCUGGGUCUUGCCGAACAGCAACUGAAGAAGUAUUCGGAAAAAUAUGCCGAACGACUGAGGGCUGCUGAUGAGGUGUUAAAACUGAAGCUUCCUGAUGGCUGCACAUUCAACAGCCCCCGGGGUGGCUACUUCAUCUGGAUCCGUUUCCCGGAAAGUGUCGAUUGCAACGAUUUCAAUCGGUACUGCCUGGAGAAUUUCGGUGUCACAGCGAUCGCCGGCAGUAGAUUUUCCCUCGGCGAUACACACAGAAACUGCUUGAGAUUGACAUUUGCAUUUCAUCCAGUGGAAUAUCUGCGAAAGAGUGUUGAAAAAUUAUGCGUAGCCAUUGGACAGUAUCUAGCCUUGAAGAGUAAUUAGGGCUGAGAUUCAACUAUGCUGAUAAAUACCAACUGAAAGUGUCAACAGGCCACACAUUGAGACAAGAAGAGUUUCCGUGCUUUCAGACCAUUGUAUCCAUGUAGGUUAAAUCCUCCGGUUGAAAGAUUCGAGACGAUCUUUUGAUAUAUAUUAAAUUCGGUAAAACAACUGUAGCAUAAUUAUUCAUUCGGCCUUACAGUUUUUCAGUUACUUAAACAGAAUAUUUUGAAUUUGACAAAAUAUAAAUGAAUAUUAUAAAACUCAAAACAACUCAGCGCCAUGUAUGUUUCGCUUUAUGAAUCAAGGAAUGUUAUCAAAUUAUCACAUGGAACAACAUAGGAAUCGAGAAUCAAAUACGGAAAUAGUUACUAAUAUGGUAAUAUUUCCCUAAACAAACCUACGGAAUGGGUAAAACUUUAGCAUUCGUUGAAAUUUAUACGAAAAGUAAACGUUUAAUUUCUUUAAAACUGAACUAUAUUUAGGUACUGAUGCUAGGCGAGGUUAUGAAAUCUAUUUUCGUAACCGAAACUAAAGGUUUAAAGUACUACUGGGUGCAAAAAACGGCAAGACCAAUUAUGUAAUAACAGUGUGAACAAGUAAAAUCAACAUUAUUAAACUGUCGGCCACUCCGAAAGAAAA